AGAGAGAGAGAGACAGAGAGAAGCAGUUAAUUCCCUAUCAGGAGUGAUGGCCUGCAUGCCUGGUUAGCAUAUUUCUGUGGCUGUCUGUAAUAAACACUUACCAUGGAGGGGAGAAACGAGAAGUUGUUCUCCAGAAAAAGAAGUUUCACAUUCGGAGCUUACGGAGGGAUUGACAAGUUCAUCACUGGAAAUGAGAGCAGUUGUGCAGAAUCUGUGAGUCACAGCAUACUGGAUAUUUUGGAUUCCCCCUCCAGUGAGGCUAAGCCACUCACUUCUGCACCGUCCAGUCAGAAGGUCACUGAGUUGUUUGCAAUCAUUGAAAAGCUACAGGGUAGCAGAUUGGAUGAACAACGUUGUGAGUUCCCACCACCUCUCAAGACACGGCUGUUAAAGAUUGGAGAUGGCUUACCUCUCAUCCUGCCCCCUAAAUCUGGAGGUUAUUGGAUCGACCCUCCCCUGGAUAGACAUGUGGAGACCAGCCCUACUCUCUCACAGGGGGGAUUUGGUCUGGAGAGCUAUGACAUCAUGGAGAGAGAUAGUGAAGCUAAAGUCUAUCAGGAAUUCUUCCGACACAGAUAUCAUCAUUCAUUCACUGCCUGUGACCCCUCCCUUGGGCCCCUAGUUUUAUCUGUUUGUCUUGAGGAAGAGGAAAAUCGCCUGAGAGUCAUUCUGAGAAUGAAGGAGUGCUCAAUUAAUGGCACAUUCUCUGUUUCUCUCUUUCAACAAUUUCCCACGGCAGUGGAGCUAGCAAAGAUGCUGUGCUCAAGUGUCAGCGUGUCAUUUUUUGAAGCUGUGAGUUACUUAAAGGCCCCAGAGGUCAUAAUGGCGUUUGAUGAACACAGAGUGUCUCAAAACUUUAAAUUCGGUGUCUUAUACCAGAGAGAAGGACAGUUAACAGAGGAAGAUAUUCUCACUAACAAUGAGGAAAGUGAGGAGUUUUUGGAGUUUUUAUCAAUACUCGGACAGACAGUCAAACUGCAAGGAUUUACUGGGUUCAGGGGAGGACUGGAUGUCUCUCAUGGCCAGACAGGAAAUGAAGCAGUUUUCACUUCCUUCCAUGGACGAGAGAUUAUGUUCCAUGUUGUCACCAAACUGCCGUUCACAGAAGGAGAUACACAACAGUUGCAGAGAAAGAGACACAUUGGGAAUGAUAUUGUUGCCCUGGUUUACCAAGAGGGUCACACUCCCUUUAUUUCGGAUGUGAUCAGAUCCCACUUCUUGCAUUGUUUCAUUGCAGUACGGAGAAUAAAGAGAGAAAAUGAGGGAGAUGGAGGAUCAUUUCAGGUAUCUAUCACUGCUAGGGAGGAUGUGCCUCCAUUUGGCCCACCCCUUCCUACACCGCCCAUCUUUACUGAGGGCUCAGUUUUAAGAGAGUUCCUUUUGACCAAACUUAUAAACGCUGAAAUCUCUUGUUACAAGGCAGAGAAAUUCAGUCGACUAGAGUCACGUACACGUUCAUCGCUCUUGGAAGCACUGCGAUCUGAACUGUCUUCCCGUUCCCAAUGCAUGCUGGGAGAAGCGUCACUACCCAGCAUCCCCCUCACUGAAGGGGGGAGGAGUGUUCCAGAGGGUGGUGGAGGAUUCAUUGAGAACUUUAAGAGAGCUAUUAGAGUGCGAAGCCACUCAUUCGAUACCUUGGGAGUACCAAAGAAGGCAGGUGGUGUAGCAGGGCAGCGACCAAAGUAUGACCAUCUUUUUUUUUUUUUUACUGCUAAAACACUGGAAAAGGAUGGUGAAAGCGAGCAGACAAGCGGAGUGGGAUACACUGAAAUGAGAGGUCAAACCAGUCCCCAGGAUGAACUAUAAAUGAAGGAUGUGUCGCUAUUUCGGGACUAAGCACAAAAAAGACUUCCAAGACUUCAAGAUAGGUGCUUACCAUCCAGUAAAGAGGGCAAAGCACAAUUAAGUAAAUAGAUAAUGUAACUAAAACUUUGUAUUAAGGUAAGUUGUGACUAGCUGCAAGUGCAAUCGUAAAGAUAUGAAUAUAUAAGAUUUCAUAUUAUGUUUAUCAUCAUUUGAAUGUCUUCUUUGAAGUAGCAUAGUGUAGAUUCAGUGGCUGCUUAUAACCAAUGUACCCCAGUGAAAGUGGGUUUAAUUUCUGGAAUUGAAUUUUGUUUCUAUCCAACUGUGAUUAAAUGUGUAUUAAAAAUAUUUUUC